CAGGCGGGCAGAGAGGUGGCACAUGACGUUACAGGGCGCUGCGUGAAGACAAACACCGUCGCACUGAAGCCUUCCUCUCCAUGAUCGGGACGCUGAAAACGUGAGAAAAUAAAAGGCUGCGGCAUCACUGGGAUUUCAGCUCUGCGGAGAGAAUACGUGGAAAAAAGGCCCGUCUCCUACAGAAUAAUCUCAUAACAUACCGUGCAUAUCUGUCCAUCACCGGGCCGAGCAGACGCUGACAGGAGCACGAAAAAGCCAACAGGAGGAAAAGGACGAAGGGACGUCUAGCUGUAGAGAAUAAGAGCACGCACCCAGAGGCAGGGAGAGCAGGGGUGGGGAGGAGAGGAUGGACGCCCUGCUUCCUGUGCUGAAGAGUCAUCCAGGCCAGUCAGUGCUAGUGUGCUCUCUGCUUUUCAGGGUGGCCCACCGGUUGCUGCAGAGGCUGCCUGUGCCUAAGGUGGUGAAGGAGAAUGACUUCCGCUCCUGGAAGUGGAGGAACCUCUCUGUCUCAAUGGUGCACUCCCUGCUGACUGGGCCAUGGGCUCUGACCUGUGCGGUGGUUUGGCCAGAGACGUUGAGCAACCUCCACUCUUACAGCACCCCUCUGUCCUACAUGCUCGUCUGUGUCUCAACAGGAUACUUUGUACAAGACGCAGGUGAUAUUAUCCUGACAGGACACGGAAGAGGAUCGUGGGAAUUCUUACUCCAUCAUGCACUGGUGAUCUGGUGUUUCCUGUACGCCCUCUACACUCAGCUGUAUGUAGCCGGCGCUGUGGUAGCUCUCUUCGUAGAGGUCAACAGUGUCACUCUGCACCUGAGACUGAUGCUGAAGCUGGCGGGCGUUCAGUCCUCCUCCUUGUACCACAUCAACAAAUACGCCAACCUGUUCACCUACGUCGUGUUUCGUUUGAUCACCCAGUUCUACCUCACCUGGUACAUUGUCCACAAUUACUCCUGGCUGGACCACGGUGGUUGCUUUCUCAUCUCCAUAAUGGUGAUGAACAUUAUGAUCCUGAUCUAUUUCUACCGCCUGCUCCGUGCUGACUUCUUCUCCUGGAAUAAGAAGUCUGUGGGACAAAACGGGACACAUAACAACUCCAGAAAAUUUCUCAGUGAUUAACUGCGGAACGGAAUAAUACUACGUUGGUAUUGAUGGUGGGAGUGUACACAUUUUGUUUUAUUCAAAAUGUAACUAACCAUUCCUCGUGACGACAGGUUCCCUUGUUGUGUCUCACUGCCAAAGAUCAACCCCCACCCCACACCCGCCCCCCACAAAACAACUUUUGGUGGAACAAGGUGCAGCCUUGUUCAGGUGCUGGUACUUGUGUUGGAAAGUCAGAAAUGUGGCUUUUUAUGGGGAAAAAUACAAUGCAACACUACUUUUAUUGAAGCCAAAAUUCCAGGUUAAGUGAGAAUUUUAUUAAAGUUUUUUGCAAAUAUUAUUUUCAAUGUAAAAGUUAUCAUGUAACUUAGAAUAGGGAAAUUAGUUGCUAAUUGUAAGAAUUUGAUGAGAAGAUUGACACUCACAUGUUUGUAUGGCAAAGCCUACAUGAAGCUACAGUUAAAAGCCAGUUAGCUUAGAUUAGCAUACAGACUGGAAACAGGGGGAAGCACCUAGCCUGGCUCUGUCCAACAGUAAAAAGUCCUCUCAUAAAACUAAACUUCUUUUUAUACACACAUUUUUGUAUAAAUUAAACUAACAAUAUAUAACAUUUAUGCUAGCUACGCUAACAGACUGCUGGCUGUAGCCUUAUAUUUAGCGCACAGACAUGAGAGUGGUAUCCAUCUUUUCAUCUAACUCUCAGAAGUGUAUUUGCCAAAAUAUCAAACUAUUAUUUUUAUUAGAUGAAAUUUCAACAUUAUGUAACUUUAAGAGAAUCAUUUUAUAUUUGGGUAAAUAAGCUAUUUCACUUUCUUGAUUGAUGCUACUCAUAUCUGUUCACUAAAUAUGAAGCUACAGCCAGCCUUAUCUUAGCAUAAAGAAAGGUUCUGUCUUAUAGCUGUUUUCUCUUUUUUCCAGUCCUUCGGCUAAGCUAGCCGGCUGCUGGAUACAGCUUUAGUGUACAGAUACAAGAGAAGUAUUAAUCUUCUCAUCUAAAUCUCUGCAAGAAAGCUAAAAAGGUCUGUCAAAAACCUGUGUCUAUAAAUAGUUUAACAUACAUUUGAAAUGUGAAAUUGCUUUUUGCAGUUGCUAAUACUGUAACUAUUGACAACCUAGCUAUAUGUUAUCUUUAACAUUUGCAUGGGAAGCAGUGUUUUUAUAUAGACCCCUCCCAGGGUGUGUGAACAACCUGCCAGCUGUGAUUUUUUGACACUGACUCACAUUUUAAUAACAUGUGUAUACAGUACGAUCUCUCUCUAUGAUGCCAUUUGUGGCUGAAGAGACUGACCAUGUGGGGCCGAAGCUGGAUCUUCCUGCCUUCUAACAGUCUGAUAAUUGAGCUCAUCAGGAAAUGGGCACCAUAAGAAAUCCUUCAUAAUGAGCAGGUAGCAGCACAAUCAGUACUGAUAUUGCACCACCUGUAGUUAGACUUGUAGAUGUAGUGUAAUAGAAGAGUUUGGCUAAUGUGUGUCCCUCGUGAUCCCAUAUUUAAAAAAUUGAAAGACGCCCUUUGGGUGAAGAUAUGUUUUCUGUUCCUCCUCUCUACUCAUAAAUGGACAUGUACAUAGAAUUGUGUAAAUAAUGUCCUUAAAUGUGGAUUCCUUUUUCAUACAUCUUAAAUGGUAAUACAAAUAAACACCAUUAGUGGACUUCAAAUGGUUAUUUCCUAGUCAUGCCAUAAAUUGUAAGUUCUGACAGUGCCAUUUACAAGCCUAAUAAUCAGCACAUUUCAUUUUCUAUCUAUGGCCAAGAAUGGCCAAUGCCAAGAAAGUCCAAACAGACAUGGACCGAUGUGUCUGACCUGUGUUACAGUGCCUUUACCACAGUGCGUUUUCCAAAAAUAUAGAACAAAGCACAUAAAAAUAUAAUCUCCGAAUAAGAAAGUGUAGAUAUGGUGCAGAAUGACGUCUGUAUGCUUUGUAAAUGCUGGGCCAAGUAGAGAGAAACAUACAGUAAAUACAUUUGGCCACAACCACAAUAAUGUAUCUUCUAUUAAAGAGACAACUGUUUUUUAUGAGCGCUGUGUUUUUGGAUGGUUGAGUGAUAUCAUGAAUUAAAAGAGUAUUUAAAAUCA